UGCUGAUAUAACCAACUCCGUUCUGCUAAGGUGCAACUCUCUAUCAUGGCAGACGUCCGUGCCCUACUUAAAGCCAAACGCCAGGAAGCACGAGUAACCCAUUCACUAGCAUCUUAUACGACAACUGGACAGUUGCGAUGCUCCGUCUGCGGAACGAAUAUCAAGCAUGCAUCUGCUUGGGACGGUCAUCUCGGCAGCAAAGCACACCGUACGAACGUGUCUCGCGCUAAAGAAGAGGAGAGGAUUAGGGAACAGCGACAGGCUGCACAGGAGGCUAACGCCGCUAAAAGAAAGGCAGUCGAAGAUGUCCCUGGCGGAGAUGCAGCCAAGAAGCAGAAAACCGAGCCUGCUACCUCAACUCCUCGUUCUAGCGCGUUUCCGUCAGACUUUUUCUCUGACCCCUCAAAAGCACCACCAUCCCUUUCAGAUAACUCGGAUGACGAAGAGAUCGACUUUUCUAUAGUUGCUCCCGCGAAGGAAUCGGGGCCACACACUCAGGCUGUUGCCGUUACUCAACCAGAGCUUGACCAAGAGUGGAUCAAGUUCCAACAAACGGUGAUUAAUGCGCCUGAUGCACACGAGACAUAUGACCGGGCGACUGUAUUUGCAGAACCGAAUCUGGUCUCUGACGUGGCAGAAGGUUUCCCUCCCCUGCAGGGUGAGAAGGAUCCUCCAGAGGUUGAGGCUAAAUCAGAUCCGGACGAGGAAAGGCGGAGGAAGGAUCAGGAUGAAAGGGAAAUGAUAAUGGACCGCUUAUUAGAUGAGGAGAGGGCACAGGAAGAGGCAGACAUGAAAGUCAGUGUACUGAAAAGUAGGUUGGAGGCAUUGAGGAUAAAACGAGAGGCUGCACGGACAAAGCCAAAAAUUGCGGUGUAGCAAGGUUUUCGAUAAUUCUUUAUUUCCUCGAUCGACUCUGAUCAUCACAUGUUCUAGGUGUAAUAUACCAUGAUUUGAUUGCACGGCAUGUAUUUUGGCGUCUGGCCACCGCCAGUGCUCCAUCCGAAAUCUGGCCCUCGUCCACGCGCACUUGUUCGCACAUUUAUUUUUUAACACGGACUAUCGUCUUACGCUUUCACCCAUCGCAAGUGAAUUCAGUGCACGAAUGAAGACUUCCACUUUCAAUUAUAGCUAGCAUUGCUUGCACGAGCAGAUCAUUUCAAGACUCUAAAAGCUAAUGCAGAUCAACCUUGACACUCCCGCUUCCCUUUCACAAAUACUUGGCUCAGAAAGUACGAACUUGUUC